UCGUUUCUCAUAUUACAGAUCAAAGAUUUUCAUUAUGUUCCACACAAGGAUCUACCACGAACAAUGAAAAUAAACACCACAUAUGAACACAACAACGCGAAACAGGAGCUCUCCUGUUCAUGGAGGGAGAUCCAGGCACUCCCAGCAUGCAAUGGCUGUCCUCGAACCCGACUGAAGCAUGCAGCGUGUGGGCACGGCGGUCAGGUCUACAUCUGCAGUGGGAAGGACAACACACUACCUCUGAAGGAUUUCUGGCGCUACCAUCUAGGUAGCGGAACAUGGGAACGUCUGACGUAUCGGGGAACAUCACUGCCACAUCUGCAGGGUCACACCAUCGUCUCACACAAGAGGAUGCUGUUGAUAUUUGGUGGGGAAUUCAGUGCAGGGACUGAGCCGCCAUUGUGGAUCUUUAACAUAGAUCAACUGUUUCUUCACAAGCCCUGCACCGAUGUCACCGUGCCUCAGCCAACCAGUCGAAGGGACCACUCGGCAGUGAUGCAUUGUGGGAUUAUGUACAUAUAUGGAGGCUUCGUGGAUCUGAGGGGGUCCAGCAGUGAACUAUGGGGGUAUCAUGCAGAUGAAGAUUACUGGCAAUUCAUUUCCCCAGCAUCGGCGGAGAUGCCUGGUGGUCGUCAUGGCCACAGCAGUGUCAUGCACUGCAACAGCAUGUGGAUGUUCGGGGGGCUGUGUGACCUCACCCUCAAGGCUGAUCUGUGGAGCUACCAUUUCUUGAGUCAGAAGUGGCAGAGGAUCAAGACAGUCCAAGGUCCCCCUCCUAUGACGGGUCACACAGCCGAUGUUGUGAGGGAGAGCAUGGUGGUUGUGGGCGGAGAGAACCAGGGGCAGCUGUACAGUGAUGUCUGGCUCUUCUACUUCAAUACAACUAUGUGGAGGAAGAUUGCCUUCCCCCCCAGUCCUCAUCAUCCUCUACCCUGCUCCCAGCAUGCAACAGUGUGUGUUUCCAGUAGCAACAGUCAAGAUGCAGGGGGAGAUAACUCUGUCAGGUGUUUCUCUGAAUCAGUAUUACAGAGCCCCAAGCCUGGUUCAAGUAAGAUCAAUGCUGGGCGUCCACGGACGAGCCCUUCAGUGACAACAGACACUCCACAGACGUCGUGGGUGUACCCUGUGAGGUCUGCCUCAAGAAACUGUGAUAUUCUCACCUUGGAAGACAGUAGUAUAAAUAAUGUACAGAUGACCGAGGUCAAAGGUCAUGAUUAUGCUCCGAGGUCAAAGGUCAUCACAGGUGACGACAAACGACCUUUACUGAGAUUUGUGUCUCGAGAUUCGAAUGAAAGUGUUGGAAUUGACAAUGUAGUGGACUGUACUGCAGAUGAAUCUCAGGUUCCUGUAAGUAAAACAUGCUCCGAUUUACCGGCCAAACCUCUUAAUACCAAAGAACAAUCUUCUGUUGUACAUACUCAUCAAGCUCCCAUGUCUUACUCAUGUGAAAGCCUCCGAACAACACCACCCAUUCCGAAUCAUCAUCAACCCGAUGGUGACACCACCCAUUCCCAUCUUCUGAUGACCUCGACACUGGUUCACACCAGUCCUGCAAAUCAUACUACCAUCAGAGCCACUUCUCUCAAAGCUAUUUACUCCAAGAACUGUGAUGAUUUGUAUAUUGAAGACAUUGAGCAACAACAGGUGUCGCCUGUUAAGGUGCCCAGUCCCUACAUCUUCACCAAGGGGUCGACACAGGUGUUACCAGAAGACUGGAUUGAGCUUGAGUCCUUUCAUAUAUCUGAAAUGGGCAGCUCUAUUGAAGGCCAGAGGUCAAGGUCGGGUCAUGACCUCAGCACGACCUUCAAUAGUCCAUUGUCAAGGGAUACAGCAUCUGUUCCAUGCUCAGGUGUGAAUAGUUCUCAGGAUAAUUGUGACGAUUGUGAUGUACAGGUGAAAGUUCCACCUGGAGGAUAUAAGAAAGUUCUUGUGACAGUAGCUACUCAGACAGGAAGUAACCUUGAUCUUGGACCUAGCAGCAUGGGUGAGAGGAUACCAUCUGUCCAACAAGAAGGAAUGGACUUGUUGGAUGGUGUGCCGUACCUGCUGGUGUUUGGCGGGAAAGUCAGGAAAAGACAACUCUGUCAACAGCCGAUCAACGUGUGGCGAUUUGACCUCACAGUCUGACAGGCAUCUAGCUUAACUUUUCCGCCAUGUAGGGCUCGGUGGAUUUCCCCAUCUGCUGUGAUUGUGUUGUGACCAUCCAGUGUAUUUAUUGUGUCCCCUCUGUCCGUAGA